GUGGGAGCAGAGCCUGCUGCAGCGCCGUGCACUCUGCCCAGCGGGCAAACUGCUGGGGGGAUCCAGGGGGCCAAGCAGCGCAGCGUGGGCUCUCCCGGCACAGGAGCACGUGUCCGCUGAGGUUCCCUGGGUCCUUGUCUCCUCCCCCAGGAUGCUGAGGGCAGCCCUGUGUGCCAUCUUUCUCUUAUGUGCCCUGCCAUCAUUGGCCAAGGAGUCCCAAGGGCAUGUCUCCGUGGUCUUGCUGGGAGCCACAGGAGACCUGGCCAAGAAGUACUUGUGGGAGGGGCUGUUCCACCUCUACCUGGACCAGGUGAGCAGUGGCCACAGCUUCACUUUCCACGGGGCUGCGCUGACGGCACACGAGCCAGGGCAGAGGCUGAUGUUUGAGGUGCUGAAGAAGCUUGCCUGCCCGUCGGAUGUGUCCCCCGACAGGUGCGCUGUGGUCAAGGACCAGUUCCUCAAGCUGAGCCGGUAUCACCAGCUGAAGACGUCCGAGAACUACACUGCCCUGAACCGGGAGAUUGGGACUCUGCUCCAGCAGGAGGGGCUAGAGGAAGCUGGCAGGAUCUUCUACUUCUCAGUGCCGCCCUUUGCCUACGCGGAGAUCGCCCGCCACAUCAAUGGCAGCUGCAGGCCGCGCCCUGGAGCCUGGCUGCGGGUGGUGCUGGAGAAGCCUUUUGGCCAUGACCUCAAGUCAGCCCAGCAGCUAGCCAUCGAGCUGAGGACUUUCUUCCGGGAAGAGGAGAUGUACCGGGUGGAUCACUACCUCGGCAAACAGGCUGUGGCCCACAUCCUGCCUUUCCGAGACCAGAACCGACAGUUUCUGGACCCAAUCUGGAACCGGCAUCAUGUGGAGAGAGUAGAGAUUGUCCUGAAGGAGACUCUGGAUGCUAAAGGCCGCACCAGCUUCUACGAGCAGUACGGCGUCAUCCGUGAUGUCCUCCAGAACCACCUCACCGAGGUCCUGCUGUAUCUCGCCAUGGAGCUGCCAGCCAACAUCAGCAGCGCCGAAGAGGUUCUCCAGCGCAAGCUGCAGACCUUCAAGUCGUUGCAGGGCCUGGAGAGCACCAGCGCGGUGCUGGGUCAGUACCAGGCCUAUGCUAGCCAGGUGCGGGAGGAGCUGCAGAAGGCCCAGGACUACGUCAGCACGACGCCAACCUUUGCAGGUGUGUUGAUUCAGCUAGACAGCCUGCGCUGGGAGGGAGUCCCCUUCCUCCUCACCUCUGGCAAAGCUCUGGACGAGCGGGUAGGCUACGUCCGCGUCCUCUUCAAGAACCGGGCCUACUGCACCCAGCGUGAGAGCCUGAGGGAGAUGGGGAAGAGCCAAUGUGGAGCCAAGCAGAUCAUCUUCCACAUCGGGCACGGGGAGCUGAGCUGUCCUGCCGUGCUGAUCAGCCGGAACCUCUUUAAGCCCAUCAUGCCAGAAGGCAGCUGGAAGGAGGUGGUGGAUCACCCACAGCUGCACCUCUUUGGGCUCCCGCUGUCGGAUUAUUACGUGUACAGCCCUGUGAAGGAGAGAGAGGCUUACUCCGUCCUCAUCUCCAGCAUCUUUCACGGCAGGAAGGACUCCUUCAUCACCACUGAGAACCUGCUGGCGUCUUGGGAGUUCUGGACCCCGCUGCUGGACAGCUUAACCCAGCAGGUCCCGCGCCUGUACCCGGGGGGCCUGGAGAACCAGCACCUCCUGGACUUUGAAAUGAUGGGCAAGGAGCUGUCCUUCACGCUGGAGGAGCCGGUGGAACUGCUGCACAGCGAUGGGCAAACGCCAAGUGACUACAGAACCAUCCAGGCCAAGUUUCGGCAAAGCCCCUUGGUUUCGGCUUGGCCAGAGGAGCUGAUUGCCCGGUUGGCGUUGGACAUUGAGACGGCGGCAGCCAAGGCUGUGGCACGCUGUGGUGAGUUCCACCUGGCCCUGUCGGGCGGCUCGAGCCCCAUCGUCCUGUUCCAGCGGCUUGUGAGACACCACUACGGCUUCCCGUGGAGACGCACCCACUUGUGGCUGGUGGACGAGCGCUGUGUGCCGCUCGCCGACCCAGAAUCCAACUUCCGCAGCUUGCACAACCACCUCCUCCAGCAUGUCCGGGUACCCUACCUCAACAUCCACCCCAUGCUGGUGCACCUGAACCGACGGCUGUGUGUGGAGGAGGACCAGGGGCCAGAGCUGUACGCCAAGGAGAUUGCAGCACUAGUGACCAACGCCAGCUUGGACUUCGUGCUGCUGGGGCUGGGCUCCGACGGGCACACGGCCUCGCUCUUCCCGCAUUCGUCCAGUGGCCUCGAAGGGGCCAAGACGGUGGUGCUGACGGAGAGCCCUGUCAAACCCCACCAGAGGAUGAGCCUCAGCCUGCCUCUCAUCAACAAAGCCAGGCAGGUGGCUGUGCUGGUGAUGGGGAAGGGGAAGCACGAAAUCACAACCCAGAUCAGUAGAGUGGGGCAGGAGCCCAGAAAGUGGCCUAUUUCAGGGGUUAAUCCCAGCUCUGGCCAGCUGGUGUGGUACAUGGAUUAUGAUGCUUUGCUUGGAUGAUCUCUUGGUUUAUUCUCCCCUCACACCUGUCCUGUUGCCCUCUGGAGCCUGUAUUUUCCAACUCUGCACACAGGCUCCUGUGUUUACAAUAACAGCUCCUGCUCUGAACAGUUUCUCUAACUUUUGUGAAGAUCCGUUGGCUGUAACGACUCUGUCAUCUGAGUCUAGAAAGUGGGGCGGCUCAGUGCUUGGAGAUCAGCAUUGUAUUCCUGACUCUGCCCUUGACUGCUUCUGUGACCUUGGGCAGGUCACAUCGCUGCUCUGCACCUCAGUUUCCCCCACACACCAUGGGGUUAAUAAUACCUACCUACCUCACAGAAGCCAUCUGAGACAACUCUGAUUAAUUGCCUGCAGAGCUCUUCAGGAUUCUCAGAGGAGCGGAGCGGAGAGAAGCGCAGUGUUACUGACUGUUAAUGUUCACCUCGGAUCAGACAGGCUGACAGAGUCAUUUUCACAGUGGCCAGAGGCCCAGGCCCAUCACAAUUGUGCUGUAGUCCUGUAUGUGCCACCCUUUACUUCAGCAAAAUGCUGACCAUUUUCCCACUCUCUUCCUUAUGGAGCUCUCCUAGUCUAAUGUCUUCUGGUGCAGUUCCUGUUUUAGACCUCUCCCGUAUUGGCAGGUCUGAGGCCCUGCUUCAUUGUAAGGGCGACUGAUGUGUGGCCCUGGCUCUGAUUCAGCAAAGCACCAAAGAAUUUGCUGAUCAAUGGGACUUAAGUGCGUGUUUUGCUGAACCAGGGUCUAGCCGUGUAUUGCUGUGUGUAACUGUAGUAUCCACCCUGAGGCAUGAGACUGUUAAUGCUGAGGAAGGGAUUGGGCUGUAGUCUAGAUCAGCCCCUUGGAGUGCUGGUGAGCAGUCACUAGCUCUUGCAAACUUGGCAAGGGGGGUGGCCGUGAUUGGGUGCAGUCAUCGGGCACUGGAGUUUUCUAGACCCUGCCUGCUUGCCUUAUGCCAUCCAUGGGAUUCGUCUCAUUUUAACCUUUGUCAAUUGCAUUGGUCCUGUUAUUGAUUUUCCCCCCCUUCCCCUCCCCCGGCCCCCCAAAAAGAAAAAAAUUAGUCCCCUGCCCUACAUGGGUGUGUUUAUGCAGCCCUGGAAGCUGCAGACACCCAGGGACUAUCCCUUGUGUGACCGACACUGCCCCCUCCCUGGCACUGAGCUGUGUGCUGAGUGCCGGUCUGAGGCUUUAGAAAUUGCCCCGGUGCACAGGCCUAGUCAUCAGUAGCAAUUGCUGUUCUUCCUAAGUGGGGAGCCAGCACCACAGGGGGUUGGAAAAGGCAAGGGAUGUUUAGACUUUCAGGAUUAUGGAGAUUGGGCUGAGAGCAUUGCAGCUCAGCACCAGUUAUUCUGGAGAUGUCGUUUGUCUGUGGUGUUACCGCUGGAUGAAGCUUCCCUUGUCAUUGGAUCAGGGGUGGAGGGCAGAGUUACCUGAAGAUGGAAUUGGGUUUCCUUAAAUAUCCUGAGGCGCAUUUGUGUUAUAGUCCCCGGGAAGAGCCCUCCUCCGCCAACGUGGGCAAGUGCGGCAUUGUUCAGCAGCUUGUGACCUCUCCCCGCGAGGCAGCUGUAUCCAGUACUACUGUCUUCAGCAGUCAUGAUCCAGCGCUCACAGCAAGGAUACUGCAGUGACUGGGGCUGUUACUCCCGGGCACUGGGGUGCUGUUGGGUAAGGGGAGGGAGUUUUCUGUCUCCUGGGUGUUUUCCAGCCAAUCCACACGUUGCUGUCACCUCGUAGGGAGGACAUGUCCUCUGAAAACAUUGGAGGGGGUCAGAAGAGCGUAGACCAACAGCACAAAAGCGGGGGGGUGCAGUCCUAUUUAGUAAAGGGCAGAAGAAUCUUUAGAACUCUCUUUCCCCCACUACCUAAAUUCCACCUUGCCCGUGUGAAGAUUGUCCUUUAUAUAAGCCUUCGCCCCAUAUACUCUAGGGACUCUAUGGCCUGCUUUAGUGGGCUAUUUACUCUGGCAUGCACGAGGAACGUUCUUUUUUUAGAUAAGGAAACCCGGAUUCUGCCGACUACACUGGGAGAUGUUGAGCUGCUCUGUGAUCUGGGGGGGGGUGGGGGGGUGGAGGGCAGAGGUAAAUCCACCCAAGCAUUGCAGGGCCAGGAGUACAAAACAGAGUCUUAGGAACCCAGAAUAGGGACAUUCUACCAGUUCCUGGCAAAUCCAGAUCUGCUGGUGUCUGAUCCACACCCAGCAAUGCCACAUCCUUGACCGGCAGAACUGGAGAAGGGAAGUAAGUGACUGUUUUCAGAGGGAUUUUUAGGAGGCCCCUUUUGGGAAGGGUGAAUUGCUGGCUGCUGACUCUCUGAUGUUUGCAGCUAGUGAAAGAAUUAGUUGUCCAGUGGUCCAGUCUUGUCAGAAUCCAGGUGGAUGUCAUCAGUCAGUGACAGGUGCGACUGCAGUUCAGUGUAAAAGCUGGAGUCUGACACAAGGUGGCGCCAAGACCAAGCAAACCAAGUGGUGAUAAAUGGUGUGUGUUUUCCAAGCACCACAGUGUUUGCGCCUGAAACCAUGGGAGGCUGCUCCUGUCCUGCUUGCGUGAGUCUCAGGAGCCAGCCCUCGUGACCGACACAGAUGUGAAAUGCUGAUGGAAUGGGGAGGGAGAAAAAGUUUAUCUGGGGGUCUGGGAGGUGGAUAUUGGGGCCAGAUUCUGCCUGACUUGCACCCCACUGAACUCCAUGGAGGUUGGUGGAAGAGGGCAGUCAGGGCAACAGUCAGACAGCUAGCCGUGUUGAUGAUGCAUAAGCUGGGAAGGAAUUGGGUUCACUCUCAUGGCUGAGGGGCUAGCAGGAGUAAAAAAUUUGGAAAACCAGAUGGGUCACUAAAAUCAGCAGCUAGGAUUCAGAGUAUAACAGGUCUGCAGGACAUUUCACCCUGUUUUUCAGAGUUGGACUUCACUGUAAGCUGAUUUGGAGUUCUGAGAAUAUAUAUUUGUUGCGGGUGUGGUGGGUGGGUUGUCAAGAUCUUUCAAAGAGGGAAGGCAUAUGGCUAACAAGAAUAUCCAGUGUUAGCUGAGUUAAAACCAAAAAAGCCUUGGAAGGGAUGUAAAACCCCUCCUCUGUAGAGUCGAGCCAGCCUCAGACUACUAGAGAUUGGGAUGAGAUGUAAUGUGGGAGGUCAGAUUAUCCCACAUCUGUGUGGGUCCCCUGCACCUUCCUCCAAACCAUCGGAUGCUGGCCGUGAUCCGAGACCAGGGGGACAUGGGUCUCAUUCAGUCUGGCAGUUCCUGUGCACCUGUGUUCCCACUCCUGGUCAUUCUGAAUGGCUUUUAUUGUAGCACGCAAUCCUCUUUUAAUGGUGUGGAUAAAAAUAAAAUGGGGAAGCUCUUGAGAACCAAUCCCUUAUUUUCAGACCUAAGGUAGACUGAGAUAGAGCAGUAAGCUGUGGUGGGAGAUGUGUUCUGAUCUCAGUGAAAUUCAGAGCUGAAGCCUUUCCUCAAUUAGGGCUGCUUUGAUUUCUGCCUCUGAGGUCACUGCACCAGUGCAAGCAUCUAGUGCAGAAAGACCAAGCUGCAGUUUGCACAGGUGCCUCUGACCAAGCUGGGAUAAAUUGCUCUGGUGCAAGGAGCUUUGCUUGUCUACAUCAGGGAGGUUGCACUGGUGUAGCUACAUCAUCGGCUGAAAUCCCCAGAGGAGACAAAGGCUGUCUAGUCAGAGAUGAGUGUGGGUUGGAAUUGCCUCCUCUCUGGAUUAUUAUGGCAGGCGGGCCUACCUAUCGGCCUCAAAACAAAGGGUAAGCGUAAAUUACUGUGUAGUGGGGAAACCCUGUUGGUUGCUUUUAGGAGGGGUGAUGGGCCAGGGGUGCCUCCUGCAACUUUGGGGGCCGUGGGUCCCCAGUGGAGGAAGCCGGGGGAGCUGGACACCCGGUGCCUAGCCUGCUAGGCCAGGCCUCGCCUGGGUGGCCACUGGAGGAUUUGGGAUGGUCCUGAGGGCCAGCAGCUGGGUGCAGGGGGUCUGAGCGACUCUGUGCGCGUCCUCCCUGGGGCUGGGGGUGCCUCCUGCAGCUUUGGGAGUCGUGGGUCCUCGGUGGAGGAAGCCGGGGGAAGGGAGGGGAGCUGGACACCCAAUGUUGGGCCUGCUAGGCCAGGCCUCGCCUGGGUGGCCGCUGGAGGAUUUGGGGUGGUCCUGCAGGCCAGUGGCUGGGCACAGGGGGUCUGAGCGCAGUAUUAGAAAAUGUUUGUGGUCUUCCUUGUCUCCAUUCUGUGUCUCAUAUCAUCACCUACAUUGUUUUCUCCAGACAGAAAAUCCUCCAGCUUCUGAAAGCAUUAACACAGACUGCCUACCACCAUCACAAUCCCCCUACAAUAGGACCUUGUCAUGGGAUGCUCCCUUAGCUACCUGCUGUGCCUCACUUCCUGGCCUGCUUCCUUGAUCCCUUAGUCCCAACCCAAACAGAGGAUAUAGGUAUACUGCAUGUGGGGCUUUCCAUACAUCUGAGUUCCCCCCUUCCCGAUCCUCCCAUUACUGCCAGUUAUUCCAAUUGCCUAGUAACUACCCCCCAGGUGCUCUUAAUCUCCUAAUAGAAAAGUGGUUAAUUGCUUCCAGCUGAGCCUGUGGCCUUUCCUUGUCUACCACAUUGUCAGUGCUCAGGGUGGUGCUGCUAGCCCGCUGUCACAGACCUAGAAAAACACAAUUCCGCCUGCUCUUGGCUGGCUUGAAGUGCCAGGUUGCUAACAAACACUGCUAAUUCCAGAAUGUGCCCCUGUGGCUGAAGCAGCUGUGUAAAGAAGGAGGUUUUUAGGCCUGGGAUGGCUGAAAAUUCAAAGCUUAAUUUUUCUUUGCUAAACAAUAUUAGCCGUGUUGCCUUCAGCUUCAUUCAAAUGGUGUGUGUGGUGUAACAGGUUUAAUGUUUAAAAAAAAAAAAAAAAAAAUUGGGGGGGGAAUUCCAGGAGAAUAAAUGUAAUGGCUAUCAGCAGAAUUUCUCUCCAGACGAGAAGGGGUUGUGACAUUGCAGGAGUGGGUUAGGGGUGGGGUGUUUCCUUGGCUCUUUUUUGAAGAAUUUGGCUGAAAUUUUCUAAAAUGACUAGUGGUUUUGAGGUGCUCCACUUGACACCUCAAAGAGGCCUGAUUUUUCAGAAGUUGGGUGCUCAGCUCUUUCUGAAAAUCAGGACUCCUUAAGAUAUCUUAGGUUGGGCACCCCAAAAUUGUAAAUAAAACCUUAGGUUUCCCUUUAUAAAAUUCCAUUAGAAACUUUGUAUGUAAGUGUAUCCUUAGUUAGUAAUUGUGCUCUGGAAUAUAUCUGUGUUCUUCACUGAAGAUCUUUCAAUGUAUUUCUCAGAGCGAUGUCUUUUUCAGAAGCAUCUGUUUUAAACUCUUUAAUACUUUGUUCAUAUUUGCCAAAUGGAAAAUAACAGAGUGGGGAUAAAUAUUUUUAAACCUCCAAAGUUUACCAGCAAGAGAUUUGGGGAGCAGGAUGUGGGGGAGGGAACGUGAAACUCUAAAAUAAGUCUGACGCUGAAAAAGACAGUGUGGUAAAGAGCUACUUCAAUCUAGGCAAUGGAAUCAGAGUGCUAGUUACAUUUUGGGAAAGCUAUUAGAAACUGUUGAUUUUUAUUUUGAGUGAAUAGUGAGCUAGGAAUGCUGUGUGCAGUUGUGUUGCUGAGUGAAUGUGUGUUAAACAUCUUGCAGAGAGGAGCCCAUUGAGUGACUUUUUGCAUUCAUUUUAUCACACCACCAAUUAUUUGUAUUGUCACGGCGCUUUUUUUAAAAGGAAGAACUAUUUCUUAACAGGUUUCAGAGUAACAGCCGUGUUAGUCUGUAUUUGCAAAAAGAAAAGGAGUACUUGUGGCACCUUAGAGACUAACCAAUUUAUUUGAGCAUGAGCUUUCGUGAGCUACAGCUCUCAUACAAAGCAAUGAUGUGACCGUUUAUACGUAUUUACAAAAAUCUAACACUGGAAAUAGGCCAUUUCUCACAUGGUUUAACUUUUAUGAAUCAAGCUGUAAAGAGUUAUUUUCCUGCUAAUAAUGAACCAUAAAAUGUUUGGGAAUUGAUGGAAAUUUAUUUUUAAAAAACAAAUAUAUAUUUUUGAAUAAUAAAAUCUUUUUUCUUUGGCCAAAAGCUGCCUUUUAUUCUA